AUGAGCUCCCUCGACGAGGACCAGGCCUCUGUUUCAAGGGUGGAGUUCCACCCAGAGAGAGGUCAGCAGGCCCGCACACUAGGCUUUGCUUUGGGGUCAGGGCAGAAGCCAGAAGGCAAAGGUGAGGGCCAGGGCCCGUUCCCAGACCCCGAGGGCUUUGUGCGGAACCAGCAUGUGAGUGAAGUGGCAGGGCAGGUGGCCCAGGGCUGUGAAGGUAGACCUGCCUCUGGGGCCGCCUUUGAGGGGGCCACUCCAGCCCCCUUUGGCAACAGGGUUGCAGUGGCCAUCCCGCAGUGGCUGACCAAGCGAGAUGCCUGGGGUUUCUGCAGUAGCCCCUUCCCAGAGAGCAGCAACAGACAAGUGUCCGCUGUGUGGGGGCCUGAAGGAGGCGGUACCAGGGGAAGCCCUAAGCAAGGGGUGAGGUAUAGGUCAAAUGCCAGUGUGGGUCGCCAGCGUGCCUUUGAGGAAGGCCUGGACAGCUUGCCUUGGUCUGAGUCCGAGUCAUCAGAUGAGUUCAGUGAGAGGCAGCUGAGGAGGGUGAGCACUUGUCAGAUAGGAGGAGGCUGGGCCAAACACAAAAGCCUCAAUGACACAGGCAGUCUCUGGAGAAGCCCUGUCAGGGAGGAGUUCCUUCCCAUGCCAGGGCCUUGCCUGUCCUUCAGGUGCCGAGAGGCAGGACAGGCUGGUAGGGAUCCGGAAGUGUCCUCUAAGGAAGCACACAGUGAUUCCUGGGGAAAGCGGGGGAGCAGGCCCAGCUACCUGCCCUUAGUUGCUGCUGCAGGUGGGCUGCCCAAGGCCACUCCUAGAUGGAAAGUGGCCCAGGAGAAGAGGUCCCUGGAGGGGGCCUCAGAAGUUGUCCGGGAGGGUUUCUUUCAUUUGCGGGGCCAGAGGAGAGGUUCAGGAGCUCCCCAGGAUGCAGCCACCCUCUCUCGGAUUUCUGCUGUUCCACUCUUGGGGACAGGCACCAGUCAUGCCUUGACCCCUUUUGGAACCAAAGAGUCCAAGCCCACUGGCACUGGGCAGGAGUCUGUGGCCCAGAGGAACAGUGGGUCAGAGCCAGUGGUGGGAGAAGGAGAUGACAAGGAGCCGAGCAGAGAACCAUUCCCAGAGAGUGAAUCCCUGCCACAUGGGCAGAGUACAUCGUAUCCUUGUGGGCAUGGUGGAGAAUGUGACAGAGGUGCUGUGAAGAACAGACACACCCAGGAUACAGCAAACCUGGAGCCCCUGGCCCUGAGUGAAGAACAAGUUCUGGCCAGUGGGCCUGCACCUUCCAGUGACCUGGAACCUCCUGAGGAACUCCCAAGACCUGAAAGGCUGCAGCAGCCACAGCCACAGCCACAGCAACCAUCUGGAGCAGAGGCUUGUCCUCAGCUAAUGCUCUCUCUGGCUCCUAGAAAUGCAGCCAAAGUAAAAGAUUUGAUCUGUGUCUUGGUUAAGGAGAUCUGUUCCCAACUCUACAUCUCACCACCACCACCAUGCACGUCCUGGAGGCGACCAUGCAGGCCCUGGCUGACAAGCUCCAGAAACUUUGAUGUGAGUAUUACACACACCAUCCACCCCUUCGCCAAAGUCGUGGCUGCUGAAGAGUGCU